UUGCCUAAAGCACCUGCAGUAUCCAAGACAGAGUGGAUCUGUAGCUUCUCUGAAUACUGGGACAUCUGUGGGACAAAAUGUCUCACAGCGGCUACUGUGGACAGACAUGAGCUCAAACACAGUCUCUGCUGUGCUAGAGAAGCUCAUUCGCCUCCUGUGUCUCACUGACUUUCCUUGUGGACGUGGCAGCUGGAGGAAAUCCACAGGUGGCAUAGAAGGAGCAGAGACAGAGGACACAGACGCCCUCCUUGAUCUGCUGAACUGUCCUCACUCUCCGUGGCACCAUGAAGUGUCAUGGAGUCCUCAAGCUUCUGGACUGAGAGAAGUGGCUGUGCUCUCACCCGAGCGCCUGCACAAGGACUUCAUUUACAAAUACUUCAAGACGCUGCACAUCGUGGAUAAAGGUGUGUCAGUUGUUGACAAAGGCCUAUUAAAGUUCUCUAAGCUGGAGGAUUUGGUGUUGAGUGCCAAUAAAAUCUCAGAAGUCCCUGCAGACAACCUUCCCAGAACUUUGAAGGUUUUGGAGCUGCAUGCCAACUGGUUGCCUCAUCUGAUCAGUCUCAACAGUGACAAGCAUCCUCACCUCCAGCACCUUGGCCUCAGUUCAAACCCUCUGGGUCACAAUGGUGACUCCUCUAAUCUCUCUGGAAGACAUUGGCCUCAACUGGUGUGUUUGGACCUCGGCGAUUGUGAGUUUCAGGAGCAGAAGGCUCUCCUGGGAGACUUAAAGACGCUCCCCUGUCUCAAGAGACUGGUGCUGGAGGGAAACCCCUUCACCCUCGCGCCCUCCUACCCAGGCCUCACUGUGGACAGUCUCCCACAGCUCUCCUGCCUGGACACCACAUGGAUCUCCUUUGAGCAACAACAGUGUUUCAGAGGCUUGGCGAAGAUGAGUGAUCUGAUCGUGGAUCAGGUUUCAGCCACAGUCACCGUGGGCAGAGUGAAAGGAAUCCCAGACCCACUGAGGAGUGGAAAUGAAAAAGCCACUGACUUUCCCGUUGUCACCUACAGCUAUUUUGUCUCAUACGAGUUCUUCAGUCAUCAGAGCACGGUGUUGAAUCCUUCCUACACGUCAUUCUGUCACUCAUCUAAAGUUGACAAUGACUUAAGCUUUGACUCCACACAUGUGGCAGAAGACAACUCCAGUGACACUGAUCCACAAUCAGACAGGAAAUGUCAAAUAGAGAAAUCCGAGCCAGAAACACAUGGACAUGUGUCGAGAUACAGCACAUGUCAGCUGGUGUGGUCCGAGAUCAUGGACUUCAGUGACACGCGCGUUCAUAUUAUUCGUGAUCUGGCAGGACUGAAGAAAUUCCUCAAAGGAGGAUUUUAUCUCAGGAUUGAAGAGGAAAAGGUCUUGUCAUGGCCAGCAGCUGCUGAAGAUUUACCAGGAGCCAAACCAGGCCAAAAGGUCAAAGAGAGAAAAGGCGGGAAAGGGAGAGAUUCUCCAAUAAAAUCGGGUUCCACCAAAGAAAAGUCUAAAGACAAGAAGAAGAAAUCUGUUCCAGAGCUGGUCCAGGACGCUCCCAUCAGAAGAAACCUAGGAAGCGUCCACGUCCCCCUGCAAAGCCUGAUCAAAGUUCACAAGCUCCAUGUCAUCUGUGAAGCUGAAAUCCUGCACACAGAGUCUGAGGUCAAAGCUGCGCAUGAAACACCACAGGAUCUGGGAAAGAAAAUUAAAGAGGACAAGAGGAAGGAGGACACAGAAUCAAAGCGGAGAGGAGGGAGCAGUGCAGGACAAAAACAUGGAACAGUGUGGUCAAAAGGUAAAGGAGAAGGAGGACGGGACUAUGACGAGGACGCCCAUGCAGACAACACUGUGUCCGUCCCACUGAUGACUGUGGAGUUCAGUGUGGAGCUGGAGAAGUGGCAUUCUGCAUCUGAAGCUCACCAGCGACUCAUGUUCUCGCAGCAAAUGUCUUAAAAGGCCAGCGUUGUAGAAACGAGUGAGAUUAAUGUUAAAACGGCAAAAUGUAAUAAAUAAAGGACUCAUUUAAACAGGUCAUAGUA